AUGCCAGCUUUUUCUUCACUCUCUAAGUGUGUCCCUGUUUUGGCAGCAUUGGCCCGGCAGGCAUACCGCUCCCUCCAUUUCUACGAUGCGGACACGAUAAGCACCACCGUACUUUCCCUUGGAGAGUUGCGCAUACCUCCACGCGACGUCCAUGCAUUUGUGUUAUCAUUUCUAACAGCGCUCCCGAACUUUCAUCGGGGGAAACAUGUUGCCCACCUUCUUAAGGGACUAUCAGGGUUAAAUGUGCGUCACCCCGUUCUAACUGCACAUCUUCUGAAAAUCUUUCUCCGCUGUUACCGCGGUGGUGCAGUCCGUGGGCGAGGGAAGGAGAUUGUUGAAGGUGAGGCCCAAGUUAUUUGUCUCCCGUCGGACCACAGGGACUCAUUCUUCGCCUCCUUUGUGUCUAUUCUACAGACAUUGUAUAUGUAUGGGUACUCAGUGCAGCUUAUACGAGGAUUAUUUUUGUCCAUCGAGAAAUUUCUGCAAGAGGGUUGCGACCUGUCCCCUCCUUGCGGCAUUAGAGGCACAUAUCGUCAAGACAACAGUUGCUUUAAUUCCGGAAGCGGCGCUAACGCUGACGGACUGGUUGUGGAUAGGUUUGGGUGCAUGGAAGGUGGAGGAGAUCCCGUUUUUUUCGUUCUGCUACUUUUUUUAAAGUUCUUCUGUCCUGCACUUGGUGGAGCAGUCCAUUUAGAACGUGUGGAUGCAUACCUUGAGCCGCUUGUGGAUCGGCUGCAUCACCACCUUGCUGUGAGUUUGCUAAUUUCCCUGAAUCAGCAGCCGUCGCGUUGGGAAUCUCUGCAGCACGGCACGGUAAUGAGCAGGUGCCAGAGGCGCCUUAUAUAUCGUUUAGUGCAAUGCUUUCGCUCGUGCAGUACUCCCUUUGUGAAGUUGAGUAUUGACCAAAUCAUCACACUACUGCGGUAUGCGCAUCAUCUUCGCGGGGAUCACACGGGCAAGCAGGGAGCUGAAGGAGAACUUUUGUAUGCUAUGAACCGAUUGAGGACUCAUUUGGAAGGGGCGUCCUUGUCUUUAAACCAAAUCAGGACUGUCGCUGAGGGUGGGUUGAUGUUGUGGGGUGACAUGGCUGAGGGGGAUUCAUUUACUAAAAUACACGCGACAGCAAUACGAACUAAGAUUUCCCUAGUUGCCGUAUUUCACAUGUUGCAAAAGAGUGAAGAGGGGCGUGGAGGAAAGAGUAUGCGCAGUGUUGAGGCGAUGAAUACCAAUUGGCAGAAGGCGGGAUCGCUCAUUUCCCUGUGUCACUACGGGUUUAUGUCCAUUGAAGGGCGAAGUAACGACACGGGUGAGCCUUACACGCCGUCGUUCGAAGGCCUUUGCAAUCUUACGUGCAAGAUAUUGGGGGAGUUGUACAUUGGCGAUGGGGUUCCUCACAUAUCUUCCGUGCGGCAACUUCACAAGGUUAUCGGGCCGCUCAAGGAGUUGCUUGCAGUGCGGGUGGGGACAUCAACAAAUUCUUCUAGAAAGGGGUGUGCGUUUAUGCUUUUGGAAGCACUUGAGCGGUAUGAGAUCCGUGCCAUAAAUUUUUUUGGCAUACAGGGCUAUUCUCACGAUGCGGAUCUUAUAUGCUUGUGCACUAUGCUACAGGAUUCGUCUCUUCAAAGGGGGACUUGCCUAUCCGUAAUCGACGUCGUUCUUCCCAACAUUUGCCGGCGAAGAAGUUUGUCAAGCGAUAGCAUUGAGCCUUUAGUGCAUGUACUUCGCAUGCUUCUGUCCGAUACAAAGAACAGGUGUAGCAGGAAGUGGUAUGAAUCUAUUGUGGAAUCAGAGAGGCUUUCCACAGCAGCCUCGUGGUUAUGCGUAGCAAUGGCAGCCGUGAAAAACACUGCUGGUUCUUCUGCUUACUUUAUCACUAUGUUUUCUCUGUUGACGGUGAUCUGUCCCAUUGAGCGGAGGAGUGCUCGCGGAGGUGAAGGGGUCGAUAUUUUUGCUGUGUGCAUUCCACGUUCGUGCAGAGUGCUGUGCAUUGUAAAGAGGCUGUUCCAUAACUGUAGAAGCCUCGCCACGGGGGUAAUUUUGAACCGUGCGGGGGUGAGAAGCAGCGGUUCUGACAACUUUUACUCGGCUCUUUUUCUUCCAGCGAAAAGUGUGGCGGAGCGGUGCGCCUUGCAAAGCCGUUUCACAGACUUGUGCCGGACGUCAAUGACGCCCGCUCCCGACAGUGAUGACAAGUCAGAAGAGUGCUGUGGUGAAUGUGGCAAAGAGCAAGAGCUGAAAUAUGACACUUGUGUGAAUUGUGCACUGCGUUGCAAUAUUUUGGAUUUUUUUGUCUGGUUGGGUGCAUUUCGGUACGCAGCGAUCCAAAGAACCCGCCUUCGUAACGAAGGCGGCGUGGAAGGCGUUGUGGCAGACGUGCACGAGAUCCGGCAGCCUCAUGCUGAACUUCUAAAUAUCGUUUCAAGUCUACUGGAAGAUCUCCCACGACUGAAUGCUUCUCUACGACGGGCGGUUCUUGUGGGGUUUUACAUGGAAGCGCAGUGUGAGGCUUUGGAAAGGAGCAACACAAAACCAAACAGUAUGGACGCUAUGAAAGAAGCUGCUUGUGCGGAGCGUCAGACGUUCAUGCGCAAUAGUGUGUUUCUCCGCGUUGUUCCAUUGUUUAUAGGGGAGUUGUUUCAUAACAUUGCCAUUCGCCCCAUGGUUGGCUCUGAUAUUGGGCAGGUCACUCACGACGUGAAGACGGUGCCUUAUGCACAAAUGACGCAUGCUGAUUUCCGUAAUGCGCAUACUACCCAUAAUGUGGGGUACAAGGAGAUAACAUUUUUCCUCUCGCAGUUUUUCGAUGAGUUUGGGCAGUGCAAAGAAUUCAGGCGUAACCUCUGUGCGUUGCAUGACGUUGUUUGGGACUCUCUGACAUGCAUUACAUCACUGUGCAGUUCUACCGGUCGCUGGAUUGAAGAAUUCCGCCACAGUAAAGUUUUUUCCACCGGUAACUUGUGUGGAAAUAACGAUUCCGUGUCCCGUCCCUGUUUGAACGGUAUGAAGGAUGACAUGGUUAUCGCUCACCCGCGCAACACUCUUCUUUGGUCUCUCUUACUUUUAACCUGUUUCAUCCGUUACCGAUGCAUCCCGCGGGAAAGCGAUGGCGUGGGCGCGGAAUGGCUUACAGCAGCUGAGGCAGUUGCAUCCCGCAUUGUGUUAAUGGUGUCAGAUUACACCCCUCCAUUGCGCCGCAAGCGUCCAGCGCCGGAAACUUUUGUGGCGUUGCACCUCCGUGAGGCAAUGGAGCGCAGGUUUAACUUAUGUAACCCCGGUCUCGUGUCUGAUACGGAUAGGCGGAUAACAUGUGUGUUGGAUGAAGUGCUGCAUCGUGAGGCGGAGUGCCUAAAGAUGUGGGAACCCACGUUUCCAUGUAUUGCAGCCCGUGUUCGGCGCUGUUUGAAGUCUACUUGA